UUUAAAAUUACUAUUUUUAUAUUACUUACUUAUUAUUACGCAUCAGUGUACAGCAUUAGUUUUCCAUCCGAUAUCGAAAGAUGUAAAUUAGCAGAUCCUGAUUUGAGCAAGUGUAUGAGGGAACAAACAGAGAAAGUAUUCCACAAGUAUGCUAAAAGUGGCUUAAAGGAAAUUAGUUUGAUUUCGGUUGAUCCUUUGGAAAUUACCGAACUGUCAGCAACUGGCGGAGGAAGUACCAAUGUGGACCAAACCUACAAGAACCUGAAAAUUUAUGGAAUAACAUCUACUUCGGUGGAUAAGUUCGAUAUCGAUUUUGACAAGUGUGAAAUGGAGGUGAUCGCAACAACUGAAAAAAUUCGUGUACUCGCCGAUUACACACUGAAAGGACAAUAUCUGGUGUUUCAAAUCAAUAGUGAAGGCAAAUCCAAUUUCACAUUAAACAAACCUAUAUUUAAGCACAGCAUAAAGUGCGAAAAAAUUAUGAUCGGCGACAACGAACAUUUACAUAUUACGGACUUCAAGACGGAGUUUAUUGAAUACGAUGUAGAACUCUAUUUUGAUAAUCUUCUAUCCGGGGAUAAUGAAAUUAGCAAAGGAAUCGCCACUGUUUUGAAGGAAAACUCCAAUGAAAUAUUUAGAGAAGCAAAGUCAUCUCACGAGCAAGCAUACGCUAUUCUGUUUAAACAAAUCUUCAAUAACGUAUUGAAGAAAGUUCCAUUUAAAGAGCUAUUUCUGUAAAAAAAUAUAACUAUAUUUUAUUAAAAGAAUCCG